AUGGCCAUCAUCAAUUCAUAUACUGCACAAGAGACUUGUAGUCUGCGUGGAGAGCCUGCAUACCCACAGCUAUGGAAGAAUGGUGAUAUAUUAGUUGGAGCAAUUUUCCCCUUCCAUUUUAAAUGGGAGAUCACAGACUUGUCAUAUUUGGUUAUGCCACCUGUGAAGUGCACAAGUAUGGAAUUCAGAGCUUUCCAGUAUUCACAGACCUUGAUCUAUGCAAUAGAGGAGAUCAACAACAGUUCGUCUUUACUGCCUGGAGUCUCACUGGGCUAUAAGAUCUUUGAUACUUGUGGUUCUGCAGCACAGGGGGUCAAAGUAGCAAUGAUGCUUGUGAAUGGAAAUGAGAACUCAGCUUCAGAUCAGAUCUGCACAAAGCCAACUCAUGUGCAAGCCAUAAUAGGAGAGACAUAUUCAUCAGUGUCCAUGGCUAUAGCAAAGAGUAUUGGACCUUUCAGCAUCCCCUUAAUAAGUUACUAUUCUACCUGUGAGUGUCUGAGUGAUAAAAGGAAAUAUCCCUCAUUUCUGCGCACUAUUCCCAGUGAUUAUUACCAGACCAUAGCACUUGCAGAGAUGGUCAAAAACUUUGGCUGGACCUGGGUGGGAGCAAUAAUAAGAGAUGAUGACUAUGGUAACAGUGGAAUGGCUGCAUUUAUUAAAAUUGCAGAACAACUGGGUAUAUGUUUAGAAUAUUCCCUUCCAUUUUUUAGAACAUACUCAAAAGAAAGAGUCUUGAGAAUUGUUGAGCAAAUUAAAAGCGCUACUUCUCGAGUGAUAGUGGGAUUUGUCACUCCCCGGGAAUUUGAGAUUUUACUUCAAGUAUUUGCUGAACACAACAUCACUGGAUACCAGUGGGUGGGAACCGAGGGAUGGAUUGCUGAUCCAGUAGCAGCCACAUUGGAUAAGUACAAUAUAUUGCAAGGAGCCAUAGGGCUAGCUAUUCCCAAAACAACCGUAACAGGUCUGAAGGACUUCAUUCUAGAUGUAAAACCACUGAAAUCAGUAGGCAGUGCCAUUUUUACAAAAUUCUGGGAGGCUUUGUUUACCUGUACAUAUAGAGGACAGAAUAAUUCAGUGGGCAUGCCAAUGUGCACAGGUGAAGAGAAACUGUCUGAAGUGAAAAACACCUUCACUGACAUGUCCAUGAUGCCCAUUUUCAAUAAUGUAUAUAAAGGAGUGUAUGCCAUUGCCCAUACACUCCAUGAACUUCUUGGCUGCAAACAAACAUGUCCUACAAAGACGCAGCCUGAUCCUUUCACAGUAAGUUAACAGUAUUUUUAAGGGAUUGGUAUUUUUAACUUUGAUAUACCAAGCUGCACUCAUUUAAAUAAGCAGGCAAACAUGCCCAUAACUUUACUUUAUUCAAUCAGUUUCUAGAACACCUGAAAAAAGUGUGUUUUAAGACAAAAGAUGGCGAAGAUGUUUACUUUGAUGAAAAU